GACGAGUAUUGAAUUCUUGAUACUCAUCUUAUAAUAUGGCAUCAUACUAGUAGCAGACCAAACUAGUUUUUUUUGUUAUCAUUGCUCUCUUGUUUAUACCCAAAGUCUUCGCUGUAAACAGAACGAAAUUAUUUUCUUUUACCUACAUGGUUUGAUUUCUUUGAAAUGUUAGUAAAUGGUGUUUCGAUUUCAAACAAAAAUUGUAAAAUGUUUUGUAGUGUUUCUGAGUAUUCUUUUCAUUUACUUGAUUUUCGAAAACUCGAAUAUUAUCCCUCGUCAACCUGAAUUAAAAACCGAACAGAUCAUCAUAAAAGCUCGUAAAAGAAACAGUCUUCGGUUAUCGAACUUGGAAAAUGUAUGCAAACGAUAUAAUUUGGGAAGAUAUUGGGUUUCUUCGAAACCGACAGUUUUCAAAGAACCUCCGGCACCUCAGUAUGAAAUUUUCUUCUACGAUUUAAAACACAAAUUAUCUUGGUGCCCGAUCUACAAAGCUGGUACGUCAACUUGGUUGUAUAACUUAGCCCUACUAGGCGGCUCUAGCGAAACCCAAAUAGCUAAUUCGAAGAAACAAAUCAACGAUGUAGUAAGAGAUAUUCUACCGUCUUUGGAAAGCGACGACGCUAAACGAGCUCUAGAACACUCGUUGAAAUUCCUCAUCGUUCGACAUCCGUUCGAAAGGAUUCUCUCUGCUUAUCGUGAUAAACUUGAGAACGUUGCUGUGAGAGGUAUCGAUGGCACUCAUCACUUUUAUCAAUCUUUCGGUUCGAAAAUCGUCGCCAAGUAUAGAACCGGUGGAAACAACACGAACUCUAGACUGAUCUUGAAACCAGGCCAGUACAUUUGGAAUGAAGAAAAAGAACCGAUUGGAGUUGAACCUACGUUUAGAGAAUUCGUGAAACAUUUAAUCGAUACUGAUCUUCGAACCAGAGCCGAUGACCAUUGGAUACCGUAUUAUUUAUUUUGUACUCCUUGUAUGGUCAAGUACGAUAUCGUCGGCCAACUAGAAACAAUGAUGGAAGAUCAAUUAUUCGUAAUUCACGAGGCGAAUUUACAAGAUAAAAUUAAACCUAGAUGGCGUCAUAAGACUAAUCCAUUUUCAAACGAUAGAGUUACCGGUGUCAGUGAUUUAGCUAAGGUGUACUUCUCACAAUUGAGUCAAUCAGAUGUGAGCAAGUUAUUCGAAAAAUAUCGAUUAGAUUUCGAAUUAUUCGGUUACGAUGAGAAACCGUACUAUAAAUACGCUUCCAGUUGAUCUCGAUGCUUUCAGUUUCAAUUUACCGAACCUAAUUUCCAAAAAAAAAAAAAAAAAAAAAACGUAAACGUGAUAAACAUUAUUAUUAAUACUGGAAAUAAUAAACUUAAACGAUAUAAAAAUCAAAUCAAACGUGUAACUCGUGUAACGAAACAAAUUCAAGGUAAACGAACCCUACAAAAUAAAGCAUUUUUGCAUUUAGAAAAAUCACACUACUUAAAACUUGAAAAAGUAUUUAAAAAAAAAAUUGAAACACAAUCAAGAUCACAGCAUUACACAUAAUGUUUCUACGCCACGUAAUAUUAUUAUACAUAUGUCUCCCAAUGUGCUUAAGAAUUACUUAACUGAAUAGAUGAUCGAUUUUUGGUCAAGAUAAUGAAAUUCAUGACUAGUUGUCUCGACUUCUCCCGUCGACGUGAGAUUCGCAUCUUUGUUCGAACUGGUAACGAAAUUGUUCCGAAUAUAUUCAAACAUCGGUGUAAUUUUCCUUAUGUUUCGGUUCACUGGGUGCUGGAUUCUGUACCGGGUUCUUCGAGUAUAAAAUAAUAGAAAGGAUUAUAACGAUUAUCGAUACAGCGGCGUUGCUUUUGAUCGGUACGUCGAAAAUGAUCCAGGUCAGAAUAGCGAUGAAUACCAAUUCUAAAGCCGAUGCCACCGUUUUCAGUAUAGAAUUUAGGUAUUUUAAGAAGAAACUUGCAACGAUUCCCACGGCAGCGUUGUUCAAUAUUACGAGUAGUACCUGAAAGUUGAUAAGAAUGUUGGUUAAA